AUCUCAUCGCGCAACUCGUCCCCAGAUUGGGAUACACAUUUGCACAGGGACCACGCCCUACUUACUCUCCCGUGUCAACGGGUGGUGCUUGUCGCGACUUCAGGGCAAGUUUUUCAUCGGCGACCGUGUUGAGCCAGCCACUCGAGGCGUAGGUGGAUGCGAUAUAUCGCAGUGCCCGUCUGCUGUGCGCAUUACCCGGAACCACCACGGUCGAGAUCGCGGCCGGCACCCUGGAGCUGUCGGGGAGCCGGAUGGCACGGGUGGUUUCGAGCACCUUUUUGUUGAUUUACUGCUAAGCAAGCAAUGGUUGAAUUUCAGCCCUCGGGUAGUCCAAGACUCGUGUGGAACGCGACGCCAAUACCCGACACCGAAAUCAGCCGCGUCGUUGACCCGAUUUGGGCGACCAUGUCUGGAACAAGACCAAAACCACAAUCAAAGGCCGUGAAACGUAUCUUAGCGUUUGCCCGCUGAGUAUAAAGAUACCUCCGGUUCAUCCGACCGCUCAUUCACGCUCGUGCACACCAACAAGGUCCGCUUUGAUCGUGCUUCGAACCCGAUAUUCGCUACUUCGUAUCAAUCACAACACACUCAUCGGAUUUCACGGUUUCGCCACACGAUGCUGGCUGAAACGAUCCUGAUUACAGGUGCAAGUGGCUAUUUGGGAGGACAUCUGAUCAAGGCAGCGCUACAAAAGGGGUACAAUGUCCGCGCGACCGCCCGGAGCGACUCGUCUGCCCAAAAGAUCGCGGCGCAGUUUCCGCAGAGUGCAGCAAAGCUGUCCUAUGCCAUUGUGCUCGACAUCACAAACCCCCAGUCAUACCAAGAAGCGCUGGAAGGCGUGUCGGGGAUCAUUCACUCGGCCUCACCAUUCGUACUCAAGCCAAAGGACAAUGUAAAGGACCUGCUUCAGCCUGCAAUCCAAGGAUCACUGGCCAUCCUCAAGGCUGCACAACAGUGGGGGGACGCCGUGAGGCGCAUCGUUGUCACCUCGAGCCAUGCCUCCGUGUGCGACCUUUCCAAGGGAAAACGCCCUGGCUACGUAUACAACGAAAAAGAUUGGAACCCAGUAACAUUCGAGGAGGCCUCCACCGCAGACGGAGUGGUGGCAUACUGUGCCUCAAAGGCCUUGGCCGAAAGAGCAACGUGGGAUUGGGUCGCGGAGAACCGACCAAAGUUUGACGUCGUCACCAUCACUCCUCCGUGGAUAUUCGGUCCUUAUGCGACAGAGCUGACAACGACAAAGCACCUCAGCGAGUCGAUUCAGAUUCUCUAUGACCUCCUCAAGGUGGAGGAUAUUCCACCGUUUGACUUUGGCGGAUUCGCUGACGUGCGCGAAGUCGCGGCAGCGCACAUUCUCGGGUUCGAAACUCCGGAGGCCGGCGGGCAAAGGUUCUGGGUUGGCCAGAACUUCAAUUACCAGACUGCCGUGGACGCCGCCCGGGAGCAACUCCCACAGCUGUCGCAAAGACUCCCCAAGGGGAAACCAGGAUUCGUUGAGUCAACGUACACGGUAGACGGCAGCAAGGCGACGAAGGUGUUGGGCCUCCGGUAUAGGCCCUUGGCUGAAACGAUCAAGGAUACGUACGUGCAGUUGUUGCAUGCCGAAGAGCUCGAGGGGCAGUCUGGACCUGCUUGACGUCGAGUCAACGGUCAGAGUACGGAUGCGGCCCCCCCAAGGGCCCAAGUUUGUUAUAAACGGGAAAACAGUUGGGUUGCGUGGCAUUCUUCGGCUCGGCAGGUUGACGAGACUUCGUUUCAUAUUCGUGAUGAGUAAGGUCAGCGCUACUGCAACGUGCUCAGGAAUCCUCGUGUUGCUCGCAGUGAUAUAAUUCAUUACAUAACCU